UAUGAUAAAAAUGAAUCCAAAGUUUGUAACAGGUUAAAAGUGAUAUUCAGUUGUAUAAAUAUCACAUAUGUCACAAAAUAUCAAAAUAUUUCAAGUAUUUAAAAAUUUAAAAAAUGGGAAAUUUAGUUACUUAUCCAUUCCCGUAUCUCUAUAAAAAGAAACAAGAAUGGCAGGAAGAAAAGUAUGUCAAAAGUAUUUUUACACUAGAUAUCAAAAAAAUGAAAGAAAUUUGGUCGAUUGUAGAGAGGGAUAGCAUGUAUUAUGGAUUUGCACUAUGCACUAUGAUUUUUAAAACUCAUCCAGAAUACGUGAAAUAUUUCGAAGAUACAUCACUUCCAUAUUUCGUUCAAGAAGCAAAACUUAAAAAAAAAUUUAGGAAUAUAUGCGAAAUGUUGUGUGCUUUAUUUUUAAAUUAUGACAAUACAUCAAUGAAAAAUGAUUUUCUCGGCUACAUUGCUAUGGUUCAUAAAGAUAUGGGAUUAACAGUUUUUGAUUUCGAAAAUUUUACAUCAGAUCUAUUAGAUAUGUUAAUACAAGAAUUACCACACAUGAUGACAAAAGAUUACAUUAUAGCACAAAAAAUAUGUUAUAACGAUGUAUGUAGUUUGAUGAUAAAAUUUAUAAACAGAAAUACUAAAAAGAUACUUGAAAUGCAAAAUGCACAUACAUCCAAAAAAGUAUGUAUACUCUUUUGAAGUAUGUAUACUCUUUUUUUGAAAGAUCUUAUUAUAUUAUUGUAUCAUCUUAUCUUAUUUGUCAUAUUGUAAAAUUAAGGGUGAACUUUGAAUAGUGUUUUAAGGGUGAAAUUGAUCCAAUGUCACAAAUUUUUUACGGCCAUCCAUUAAGUUAUUGGGAAGAUAGAAAAGAAUAUUGGAAUGAUAAGAGAGAUUUAUGGAUAUCAUUGGAAUCAGAUAUAAUUAAUUUUAAUUACCAUAAUGUACUAAAAGAUGAAAGAUAUUCUAUAAACGACAAAAAAAGUCGUAGGAAACAAUUAAAAAAAAAAUUAUCGAAGAAAGAGGUAAGUUUGACACAUAUGAAUGAAUAAGUAACACAACAAAUAUUUUAAGCCAUUUUAUGCCAUUUUUAAUUACGAUAAUGAUUUAGAUAGAACUUAACAUUUAAAUUUUUUUAAUCUGAAUUUCUUUUAUUAAAAUUCAACAUUACAA